ACCUGUGUAUCCAAACGGGCUUUAGUCGCUUCGCAGCCCAAUCUACUUGAAAGCUGAUCGAAUAAACCAUAGUGUAAGAGCAGAGAGAGAGAGAGAGAGAGAGAUGACGACGAUACGCAGAUUUUGCUGCAACGACCUUCUCCGCUUCACUUCCGUCAACUUAGACCACCUAACCGAAACCUUCAACAUGUCCUUCUACAUGACCUAUUUAGCAAGAUGGCCCGACUAUUUCCAUGUCGCCGAAGGCCCUGGGAAUCGAAUCAUGGGUUACAUUAUGGGAAAGGUUGAAGGACAAGGGGAGUCUUGGCAUGGUCAUGUAACUGCAGUAACUGUUGCUCCAGAAUAUCGAAGACAGCAAUUAGCCAAGAAACUCAUGAACUUGCUGGAAGAGAUCAGUGACAAGAUUGACAAGGCUUACUUUGUGGAUCUUUUUGUUAGAGCCUCAAACACACCAGCAAUAAAGAUGUACGAGAAGCUUGGUUAUAUAAUCUAUAGACGGGUGCUACGCUAUUAUUCAGGCGAGGAAGAUGGGUUAGAUAUGAGGAAAGCAUUAUCUCGGGAUGUCGACAAAAAGUCCAUCAUCCCCCUUAAACGACCUAUAACACCCGAUGAAUUAGAGUAUGAUUAGACCAGCUUUCUAUGGAGUUUCUGCAGAUAAAUUCCAUAAUAUUCAUAAUCAUGUGCUUGCGGCUUUUGAAGGUGUUGAAGUUAGGCAUCGUAGACGGAUUUUAGAAUUUCAUGUCAAAAUGUGGUUUCAUAAAUCUGCUGGUAAGAUUAUCCAAUAUAAUGCUGGUAAGGUGUUAUUGGUACCUCUUUCACGUACCGGAAAGAUUGUUUUUUUAUUAUUUAAUUUAAUUUUUUAUGUUUGGACGCAAGAUUCGAAAAAAAGGGUAAGAUUUGAAUCA